AUGAUUUUACUACAGCUAACUGUUAUGGGUUAUUUGAAUACUGGGAAAACUUCACUUAUAAAUUACAUUAUGAAUAAUGACAUUUACACUAACUACAUUCAUACAGAUUUGCCAACGGUAUAUUACAAGGUACACAAGGAGAAAAAAAGAAGAUUCUGUGUUGAGAUAGAAGACACAUCUGUUGACGUGGACAUGAAUAUUUUUACCAGCAUGUUGAGAAAGGAAAUUACAACUGACAAUAGAAACAUGAAAAAUCCAGUAUUCAGUUUAUUUGACAAACCUAGUAUUCCUUUUCAAGUGGGAGACGAAUAUAAUUCAAUUAGUUAUGGAAGGAUGGCUUACUUUUUAGUUUUCGAUCUCACAAACGAAUCUACUCUAGAAUACGUCAAGAUGAUUUACACAAGCAUGUCUAGUGUAUAUGAUCAAUAUUAUACCCUAAAACCGUUUAUAUCCCUUGUCGGGAAUAAAUAUGAUUUGGUAACUGAGGACUGUGAGGUAUUUAGACGGGCAGAAAAUUUUGCGAAUGAAAACAUGGUUCAGCUUUGGUUAACAUCCGCAAUUACGGGGAAAAACGUAAAAAAGUUGUUCACACACACGAUUAACAUGGUGUACAAUAAUACUAACUUGUGGAAAUACGACAUAGAAGAAUCUGGCUCAGAAUCUACAGAAAGUUAA